AGUUCUUGACAAUGGAGCAGGCACGUGUACCACUACGAUUCAGAUCAUAUAUGGUGAAUGGUCGAGUCUUUCAGCCACCUGCAGAUAUUCCAAAGUCUAUUGCUAGUCAAGCAACUUUCAUUAAUCUAUCGUCAUCGUUAUCAUCUAGUCAUUCUGCAGUAAGCACGACGACAACAACAAGCAAGUCAGACUUAAAUGAUGAUGUCUCAUUCUCAGGCAUUGUCUACUUCUAUUCCAGCUGUAUCAGCAUCUGCUUCUCAAUCAGGUUUGCUGGUGAAAAAAGAUCUUGCCAUUCAAAACAUUCUCAACUCUCAACCAAAGCUUGCACCGAAGCCUGUCUCGGGUGAACUGGAAUUGGCGGGGCCUCCUGCAGGCUCACUUUCAUCACAUCUGUCGACUGUUUUUUCAUCUGAAGCGAAUAUUGGUGCAAAUGUUUUGCUGGCUGUGAAGUCAUUCAUAAUGAAUGUUUCAGCGCCAGGUCAAAGUGGAAAGUCGUUUGUUCAAACGACAGCUACAAACACACAUGUAACAGAAACACUGUUGUCAAGUACAUCGGGUACCUCUCAGGUUGUCACUGAACAAGAGAAGCAGCAACGUCUGCAGGAACAGCAACAUCGAUUUCGCACCCAAAUUGAUAAACUUCAACAGAUCUUGUCUCAACAAUCUCGACAGCUUGGUAGUUUAUCAAAAGAUGAAGUAGCACCGGAUGCUAAUGAAGAGGCAGUAGGAGAACAAGGCACACCUGAUGAAAGUGAUAAUACGGUUACUUCUUGGAAACAUGACUGUAGUGAGGCUUUGGUCCAGACACAGAAUCAUGCCAAAGCUGUUGCAAAACACAGUGAAGAAAAAUUGACCUUUUUUCAUGGUGUUGGUUUGGUUGCUAAAGAGGAGAUUGAUCGUGCGAAGAAGUCUUCAUCAGUAGUUGUCAGCUACCCAUUUAUUGAAGAACCAAUACCUGUCGACAGUGCUGAUGAAGGUGGUGUCACAGCAGGGAUGACGACUAGAAACAGAAUGCGAUUAAUGAGGAGCAACCAAUUUUACUCUGUCAAUGAAGUGGAUGGGGACCUUACACCACCAAGAAUUGAUCAAGCUGUCAACUAUCGAAGAUUGAUUAGUUCGGGGAGCGGAUUUCACGUGCUGUCUCAAAAUGAGGACAUGGACCAUUUUGAAACUGAACCACGUGCUAAGCGUGCUUGUUACAACGUAAAUGAGAAGAGGUUGAAUGAAAGGCAUCGUAGGCAGAAGCUGAUUGCAGGACUGGAGACCAACCAAAGGAGUAGACAAAAACGAAAGAGAAAAGAGACCAGUCAGGCAUGCUUGUUUUUCUGUAGCAAGAUUUUCUACACUUGCAGAGCAAUGUUUGAACGACCAAGAUCUGCAACGGACUCAAAUUUUUCCAGUUGGGCAAUGGCUAUGCCCUAGAUGCACAGACUGGGCAAGUCAAGGUCCUGGACCUGAUGCAAUUCGUUGGCCCGGUGUACUCUCAAUUGUUCGUUCAGUGUACACUCUUUCUGCAGGUUGGUCGGUAGGUCUUUGCAGUAGAGCAUGUAGUUGAUGCAUGUCUGCAUGAUGAGUGCAUGAUUCUUGUUUGUAUAUACACUAGGAUUGAUUUUUGUAGCUCGAUAGUUGCAUGUGUUGCAUGGGUACAAUGGAUCACAGUCAGAACAGUUGAGUGAGUAGGCAGCAUUCACGCG